AUGACACACCAGCAUCGUUGUGACGUCAUUGUGUGUCACUCGAACCCGAUCCAGGUGCUGGCGGAGGAACCCCUGGAGCUGUGGGAUUUCGGGGCCACGCCCUCGGCCAGCCAAGGCGGCCGCGGCUCGGGGGCUCUGUCUGCCCAUGGACGGUCGCUCAUGGACGGCGGCGCCGGCGGCGGCGGCGGUGGCGGAGGCAAAGGGGAUGAUAGCAUGGAAUUUGAGGAUGACGCAGCGUCGUGGCUGGCGACUGCAGGCGGCGCCGGCCGUCAAGGGGCUGCCGCUGCGGCUGCCGCUGCC